UUCCAGAGUUGACACUUGGGAACUCCUUGGAUGCAAGGACAUUUUGGGGACGGAGACGUCCGGGGGACACGGAGCUGGCCGGCUCCCACACGAAUGGGCCAAGGGUUGGACUGGAAAACUCGCGAAGGGGAAAAGGCGGGCUCAGCGCUCCCAGGACAGGACAGGGGUCCAGCGGCGCCUGGCGGGGGGUCUGGUUCGCGGGCUCAGGCGGCCCGGCCCCCAGGGGCGCAUGCGCGCGGGCGGUGGGCGUGGCCCGGCGGCGCGGGAACCCGUGCGCGCUCAGCACCUGCUCCGAGGGCGCCCCCGAGCCGGCCGCGGGCAGGGGCUCCCAGAGCCGGUCCCCCAGGAGCCGCCCGCGAGGGACCUGGCGAGUCCGGACUGCGAAUUCGUGGUAACUUGGACAGUUUGGGAGAUGGGACGACGGGUCUACUCCGCGUCCUUACCGCCUCGACGCUGCGGGGAAAACUGCGCCCAGAAGAAGCCUUAACUCGCGGGGCUCCUCUCCCGCGCCUCCGCCUCAGAGGAACCAGAUCCCAGCUUGGAACUCAGAGGAUCCACGGUUGUGAUUGCUCAGAAAACAGAAUCUCCAGCCAUCCCUUGUUAUAUCCCCGUGCACAAAGAAAACCUCCAGAAAGAAAGGAAAGAGACUUCGAUGUGUCUGGGAGCUGUGGCCAGAAAACGGGAAAGGCUGGAUCCGGAAACCUCACUAGUGGUUCGUUUUCCCACCGCACAUCCUUCCUACUAAAAUAAUUAAACCUAAUUAAGACAGAGAACAUCUCUGAGCCAAACACUUGUUGUAAUUGUGGAGGGACAGGGAAAGCUAUACUUCAGGGACUGAGAUUAUGCUGAGGCUUUUCUCCUCCCUGACACGCUGACAACUUUGAAAAGUGAAGUCUUGGUUCCAGGUGAUGUUAGCCAAGAGCUCCUCCAAUCCAGAGGGUACAAAUAUGACUUGGGGGUAGUUCACCUGCCAGAAGGGGUGACAAGGAGCUUGGCCACACAGCAGGUGGCUGACCCAUUCUUGUCUCACUCCCUGUGCCUGAGAACCUUCCCCUCUGA